UGAUUCUGUAUCCAAAACAUGAAGAACAGGAAGAAAAUGUCUUCAUCAUUUAUUUUGUUAUUAUUUUUGUUUCUUCUUUCCAUUUCUUUUACUUCUGCAGAAGACAUCAAUGAUAUUUUGAAAGAUACUAAAAAUGAAAUUGCAGAGGUUCUCCACGAUAAUUCAAAAGAGUUUUCCGAUGGUUUUAGAGGCGUUUUCCGCCAGGUAGAUGAUGGCGGUAAGCAUAAAUCACGUUCAAAAGGACCGAAGGAAAUUGUUAUUCCUCUGGAGAAAUUCCGGAAAAUCCCAUUUGCCGACAUUUGGGAGCGACUCGGCCACAUUGCAAAAGUAUCAUUAUCUAGAGCGAAUCGUCUCAAACACAAACCGAAAGAUGAAACCGUAAAUGCAACCGGUGUUUUCCCGAAGAGUUACGGAGAAUAUUCAAUUUCUCUUAGUUUUGGUACGCCUCCACAAACCAUACCUCUCAUUAUGGAUACAGGUAGUGAAAUCGUCUGGGUUCCCUGCACGAAACAAUAUACAUGCAUUUUUUGUAAUUCCACCCCGGUGGCCAACCCAUUGUCAGCUCCAGAUAACAUGAAAAAAUAUGAACCACUAGAUUCAGAAUCUUUCAGGCAAACAACGUGUGAUCAUCCUGGUUGCACUUAUAUUCAAGGCCGAUUUACGUGCAAGAGUUGCAAACCUACUAAUUCAACAAGUUCCAAUUGUUUGGAAGUAUGUCCGCGAUAUGCACUAGAGUAUGGUUCCGGAGUGACAAAUGGGACGUUACUGUCCGACACUUUGACUUUCGGUGAAGUCAAAAUCCCGUAUUUCGUAUUCGGAUGUUCGAAUUUUACAUUUCAUAUCCCAGCCGGAAUCGCUGGGUUUGGGAGGGGUAUAUCUUCAAUACCUGCACAACUAGGUCUGCGUAAAUUCUCGUACUGUCUUCUUUCAAAAACUUUCAAUGACACAGCAAAAAGUAGUCCGCUUGUUUUGUACGAUGGAUCAGAUUCUGAAGACGAAGAUACGGAUGGGAUUAGUCGUACACCGUUCUUACAAGGCCCUAGAAAGUUCCCUUACUACUACAUUGGUCUCCAAGAGAUAACUGUCGGAGGGAAGAAGGUGCAUGACGUGGAUGAGUUUAUCACACUACACCCUGACGGUUCAGGAGGAACCAUAAUCGACUCAGGAGCAACAUUUUCAUUCAUGGGGAAACAAGUAUAUGAUAAAGUUGUGCAAGAGAUUGAUAGCCAAGCUGCAGAUUAUAAAAGAGCUGCUAACGUGGAAAAAGAUGUACAUUUGAGUCCUUGCUAUGAGGUUCCCAAAGAAAAUGCAUCGCUUCCAACAUUAGGAUUUCAUUUUAGAGGGGGUGUCAAAAUGGAUUUACCGGUUAUGAAUACCUUUUGGUUUAUUGAUACUAAUGAAACUACAGUGGCUUGUUUGGCUGUUGUCACUGAUCGCGGUAAGGGAGGUGGUGGACCGGCAGUAAUUUUGGGGAAUUUUCAGCAACAAAAUUAUUAUGUUGAAUAUGACCUAAAACAUGAACACUUGGGAUUCCGGACACAGGAUUGCAGUGAAGAUUAGCGUAUUCUAGUGUUUUUAUUUGGAAUCCAUUUAUUUGCGGUUAUCAGUUUCUUUUGUUACCGUUAGGUGUAAAAAGUGGAGGUGUGAAAUUGUGGUUAAUUAAAUUUUCGUUAUAAUUGGUCGAGCCAAAGGGAGGCCUUCUAUGUGAUGAAAGGAAUGCAUUUUUUUCGUCACAAUAAAUGUCUCACGAGAUGAAAAUGAACUUUUUUUAUUUAUUUCACAAUCUCGUAAAGUUGAGAUUAGAUCGGAGAUAAUGGAUGAAAUUGAUCACCAA